GCUACGAAUUCCUGGGAUUUGCAAGCGAGACGCUUCAUCAAUUAUCGUUCAUUCAGACCGAUUCUAAGGCUAAUUCCGAUGGUUGAUUCUCCGGCCAGUCAGCAAUGGGCUAUUUGGGCACUUGCUAAUCUUACAACUACUGAUAAAACCAAAUAUUGCCCAUAUGUUGUUCAUGAAGGUGGUGUACCGUUGCUGGAACAAGUUGUUAAUGAUAGCCGAUCGACAAAACGUAUGCGUGAACUUGCCAAUAUUGUCCUGGCAAAUAUCUCUGACUGGGAUUCUAUGACGCAGUGA